AUGCUUGCCUCGAGAAUGUCAAUCAGUGCUUCCACAACGCAAAUGCCGUCAACUGGCAACAAUGGAAACAAGAAGCGAACGCUGUCACAUCCCGGGCCAACGAUUUUCGAGGACCGUCUGCUCCUACGUCCAAAUGUGCUUGAGAUUCCUCAACAGACCACGGGUCUGUCUACCGCUGGAGAUCCCGCACAACUCCUACUCGAUGGUGAGGCAUCCGUUGUGACUGUUUGGAAUCUUGGGAAAACAGAAUAUCAGCAUGCGCUGAACAACAUCCACAGUCGAGUGACGAAAAGCUUGCUUCUUUCUGUACCAUACAUGAUACUGGUGCCGGCUCCGCGGCUAUCAGUUUCAUCGUUGACGCGCCUCGUGGCGCUUCAACUUACCGCCACCAAGUAUGUCUGGCUCCUCGGCGGCAAAAACGCAAUGACACGCGAGACCCUCCAAGUCCUGUACUUUGCGCGCUUCACCAAUCACAAUAUUAUAGUUGCGGUCACCUCCAGCGGUUACGGGCCCAAGCAGUUGGGCCAACGAUCGAUGGGUGGAAAGGUGGAGGGCUGGCAAUCGACUGACUGGAGCCACGUUGACGAUCUCCAGGCGUGCAGAUCCGUUCUUGACGAGGCGGCCGACUGCGGGCAAACCAUUGCAAUGAGCCAUAGGUCCGGAUCCCAUCUUGUCUCCCGGAAUUCUUCCCCGCAGUGGUCGGCCGGCGUGAACCCCUCGCAAAUGCCACACAUCGACAUCAUGUAA